AUGAUGGCCAGGCAAAGAACAACUCUUCGUCACAACGUCGACCGUGACGUGUAUCAAAUUGUGAAAAAAUUGGAGGGCGAUGGUGAGGGGAAUCGUAGGAGUCGUCUCACCGUCACAUCGGUCUAUGAGAGCAUCAAAGGCUCGAACUCCAGUCUGGCCAGGCAGAAAAGACGACCACUGGAGGACUCGAUAGAGCGGGUGCUCACCUACAGAAAAGAGGAGCUGAAGGCAGACGAAGAUGCAGGGGACUCGGAUGAGGCGUUGGAGCGGGAGGUUGCCGCUGCAGAGGCCAAGGCUGCCGCGAAGAGGGAGCGCGACGCAUUCCUGCUGAACAGGCAAAUGACAAAGCAUUGGGACUUUGGCGGGAGCAAGACAGUCGAGUCCCCCUCUGGCACCUCGGGGCCCAGUGAUGCCGCUGUGCAACCGACCGGCGCUCUUUCGGGGACCGAGGCCACGCCGGCGAGCAUGGAGGUGGACGAGCCCGUCGAGAGGUUGCCCAACGGAGAACCAAAGCUCAAACGGAAACGGAGGACGCGGUCGAUCAAAGAGGCGGCGGUCGUGCCCGAGGUCUUCAACGGCCCCAAGCUCGAGGACAUGGGCGGCAUCUCCCAGAUCCUCGAGGCCCUCGAAAAGCCGCUGGUGCUGCCGCUUCGAAUGGGCGAGGAGUAUGCCAGGAUGGGCCACAAGCCGCAGGCCGCCAUCCUGCUACAUGGGCCCUCUGGUACGGGCAAGACGGCCGUAGUGCGGGCCCUGGCAGACACCCUGCAGUGCGCAUUCGUGCCCGUCUCGGCGACGUCGCUGGUCAGCGGCAUCUCGGGUGAGUCCGAGAAGAACAUCCGCGAGGCCUUUGACGAGGCCAUCCGCCUGGCUCCCUGUCUGCUGUUCCUCGACGAGGUCGACGUGGUGGCCGGCAAGAUGGACGGCGCGCAAAAGGCCAUGGAGGUCCGCAUGUCGUCCGAGAUCAGCCAGGGGCUGGACAAGAUCGUCAGGUGCACGUCGCCCGGCCGAAAUGUCGUGGUGAUUGCCGCCACAAACAGGCCCGACAGCAUCGAGCCGACAGUCAGGCGGCGCUUCCAGGAGCUGGAGAUGAGCAUGCCCGACGAGGCCGCCAGGGAGUCCAUCCUGCGCACCAUGACCAGGAACAAACGUCUCAGCGACGAUGUCGACUUUACAGCCCUUGCGAGACUUACGCCAGGCUACGUCGGCGCGGAUCUGGCCACUGCGGUCGACUUCGCCGCCAGCGAAGCAAUGAUGGGUGUUUACACGGCCAAGAUUUCAAAGUUGACAGCGGUCGCUACGGAAUCACCCAGCGUGGUCGAUAGGAUAAGGCUCCCUUGGACGCUCCCUGCAGAGAGCAACGAAGCUCCUCCUGCCGACAAUCAGGAGAUGCAAGUGGAUCAGAAUGACGAGGAUGUUUGCAUCACCUUUGCGCAUCUCAAGCAAGCCAUCUCUAGAAUACAGCCAGCUGCCAAGCGCGAGGGCUUCAGCACGGUACCAAACACGACCUGGGCCGAGGUGGGAGCCCUCCAAAACGUCCGCAAGAAGCUCGAGUACGCCAUCGUCCAGCCCAUCGAGCGUCCGGAAAAGUUCGCUGCUCUGGGCAUCAAGCCCUCUGCUGGAAUCCUCCUCUGGGGUCCCCCGGGCUGCGGUAAGACGUUGGUGGCCAAGGCGGUGGCCAACGCCUCCAAGGCGAACUUCAUCUCUAUCAAGGGCCCCGAGCUGCUGAACAAGUACGUGGGCGAGUCCGAGUACAACGUCCGGCAGCUCUUCUCGCGGGCCAAGUCCUCGGCCCCCUGCAUCCUCUUCUUUGACGAACUCGACGCCCUCGUCCCCACCAGGGACUUUACCAUGUCGGGCGCCACGUCGCGCGUGGUCAACGCGCUGCUGACCGAGCUCGACGGCGUCGGCGACCGCCAGGGCAUCUACGUCAUCGGGGCCACGAACCGUCCCGACUCGAUCGACGAGGCCAUCCGGAGGCCGGGACGGUUGGGCACAGAUAUCUACGUGGGCCUGCCGACCCCAGAGGACCGCUGCGACAUCCUGAGGACCAUCUACGAGACCACGGUUCCCGGUGGCCAGGCCCCCGAGGCGGUCCGCAAGACUAUCGAGCGCGUGGCCAGGGAUCCGAGGUGUGGCAAGUUCACCGGCGCUGAUCUGCGGCAGCUGCUGACGGCGGCGUCGGAGGCCUGCAUGAUCAGGGUCCAGGACGACGAGGCCCCUGUCAUAUCCGACGAGGACUGGGAGCGGGCGUUGGACGAGGUCAAGCCAAGUGUGAAGGAUAUUGACAAGUAUAUGGAGGCGAUGAAGUGA